CGGAGUACACAUGUCAAGUAGCUUUUUGGUCUUGAUAAACAAAGAUUUUUGACCAAAGGACGCGUGAAACAUCGUCUAGUAAUCGUUUGUAUAGUUCGUAGAUGUUACGUGUACGUAGAAUUUAAAAUAGUAUUGAAAAAGUGAUAAAAAAAAAGCUGGCAGCUAAGACAGAGAAUCAAAACAGUAACGAAAACGUCGAAGGUGGCGUUGAGGUUAUGGACAACUUCGUUAAAAUCGAAAAAAUAGGGGAAGGGACCUAUGGGGUGGUUUACAAGGCCAAAGAUAAGCAGACUGGAAAGCUGGUGGCACUUAAGAAAAUUCGUCUUGAGACGGAAAGUGAAGGUGUUCCAUCCACUGCUAUUCGAGAAAUAUCAUUAUUAAGAGAACUUGCACAUCCAAAUAUUGUACAACUAUUUGAUGUGGUAGAUGGUGACAAACAUCUUUAUCUUGUUUUCGAAUUUUUACAACAAGACUUGAAAAAAUUACUAGACACUGUUAAAGGAGGGUUAGAUCAGGCUCUUGUGAAGAGUUACCUACAUCAAUUAUUGAAAGCAAUUUCCUUCUGUCAUCUCAAUUGCAUUUUACACAGAGAUCUAAAACCUCAGAAUCUAUUAAUAGAUCACGAGGGUCAUAUAAAAUUGGCAGAUUUUGGAUUAGCAAGAACAUUUGGGGUUCCUGUUCGAAUGUACACGCAUGAAAUAGUAACCCUUUGGUACAGAGCACCAGAGAUACUACUAGGAACUAAAUUAUACUCCAAUGCAGUGGACGUUUGGAGCCUUGGUUGUAUAUUUGCAGAGAUGGCAACAAGGAGAGCAUUGUUCCCAGGUGAUUCAGAAAUAGAUCAACUAUUUAGGAUAUUUCGUACAUUAGGUACACCUGACGAAAGCAUGUGGCCAGGUGUAUCACAAUUAACUGAUUAUACAUCGAUGUUUCCAAGGUGGGAACCUAGAUGCUUAGACGAAGUUGUGCCUUCUUUUAAUUCUGAUGCCAAAGAUUUGCUACUGAAACUCCUGACUUAUGAUCCUAAUCAGAGGAUAACAGCCAAGAAAGGAUUAAGCCAUCCUUAUUUUACUGGAGUUACGUUAGUUCCACCACCAUUACCAAAGAAAAAUUAAUUGAUGCAUUGUCUUUUAAUUUACUAUCAUAAUUAUUUUUCAUAACAAUAUAAAACUGCCCGUUAAAUAAUUUUAAAUUUAUUGUUUUAUUUAUCCCAGAUAAAGUAGU